AUGGUGGUUCCUCACGGUAAGGCUCCACCAAUAAUGGAAGAAGAAGGUAAAGCGAAAGCAGAGGAAGUAGACAACGCUGGUUGUGAGAACGACGACGUUUUGGUUGAGUCCCCGAAAGGGAUUGUGGUGGGGCCAGCAGCGUUCCUGAAAAAGACGUUUGACAUGGUGGAGGAUCCGAAUACCGACCCGAUUGUGUCAUGGGGGGAAGGACGUUACAGUUUCGUGGUUUGGGAUUCUCAGAAAUUCUCCAAAACCCUUCUUCCAAAGUAUUUCAAGCACACCAAUUUCUCAAGCUUCAUUCGCCAGCUUAACACCUACGGAUUUAGGAAGGUUGAUUCAAAACGUUGGGAGUUUGCAAAUGAAGGGUUUCAGGGAGGGAAGAAGUAUUUGUUGAAGCAUAUCAGAAGGAGAAGCAAGUGUAACAAAGCAUUCGACUCCAUGAAGCUUGGACUGGAGGAUGAAGUUGAACAACUCAAGAAGGAUCAGAAAAUGUUAAAAGUGGAGAUUCUGAAGCUCACGCAGAAGCAUAAGGAUUCACAGGUUCAACUGGCCAGUGUUGAGGAGCGAGUUCGAUGUGCAGAGUUGAAGCAGUUUCAGAUGCUAGUUUUCCUCACCAGAAUGACCAAAAGGCCUGCUUUUGUUGAGCAAUUAAUGCACAAGGUGAAGCAAAAAGGGGAGCUUGAUGGGGCAGGCAUGGUUAAGAGACCCAAAUUGGACACCACCGAUGUGGAUUAUGGACACCAAGGUUGUGAACAAUUGAAUACAUUGCAAUCUGAACAAAAUGGACCCUUGGAAAAUGUUUCAUGCAGCUCUGUGCAUGAGUUAAGGCCUAUUGGGUAUGAUGUGUCCUAUGCUUAUGAUGUCAUGUCUGACAAACUAAUGGGGGAGAGUUCUGGUGUUGGUGAAGAAGUGGAUGUGAAGGGCUCAAAUAUCUACUUUGAAUUAGAGGAUUUGAUAAGUAAACCAGCCGAUUAG